AUGUACGCCGUCCGUGCUUCCCUCUCGCGCUACCGCCGCUUCCUGCAGGGCCUCGGCCGCGCCACCCUCGUCACCCUCCUCGUCUCGGGCGGCACCUUCUACUACCUCGCCCGGCGCGACCGCAGCCCGGGCGCCCAGCUCCCCUUCGACCCCACCAAGAAGACCAUCGUCGUCCUCGGCAGCGGAUGGGGCGCCACAAGCCUCCUCAAGGGGCUCGAUACUGCCGAUUACAAUGUGAUCGUGGUCAGCCCGAGGAACUAUUUCCUGUUCACGCCGUUGCUGCCUAGUGUCGCUGUCGGGACGCUGAACCCGCGCUCGAUUCUCCAACCGACGCGCUACCUGACCCGCUUCAAGGAGCGCGAAGUCCGCGUCAUCGAAGCCGAGGCCAAAUCCGUCGACCCCAUCAAGAAAACGAUCACAUUCGCCGACGACUCGGAGAUCCAGGGGCUCGUGUCGAGCACGACGAUCCCGUACGACUACCUCGUCUACGCCGUCGGCGCGGAGACGCAGACGUUUGGCAUUCCCGGUGUGAAGGAGCACGCGCUGUUCAUGAAGGAGAUACACGAUGCCGAGCGGAUGCAGCGCCGGUUCUUGGACUGCAUUGAGAGCGCGGCGUUCCCUGGGCAGACCGACGAGGAGAAGGACAGGCUACUGCACAUUGUCGUCGUCGGAGGCGGCCCCACCGGUGUCGAGCUCAGCGGCGAAGUGCACGACUGGCUCGAAGAAGACCUGCGCUCGUGGUACCCCGAGCUCGCGCCGCGCAUCCGCAUCACGCUCGUCGAGGCGCUGCCCUCGGUGCUGCCCAUGUUCAGCAAGGAGCUCAUCCAGUACACGGAGAGCACGUUCCGCGAGUCCAAGAUCGACGUGCUCACGGGCACGAUGGUCAAGGGCGUCACGGAGAGCAGUGUGCGCCUCAAGCUGGGCAAGGAGGGGGACGGGAAGGGCGAGGGGCGCGAGGUGGAUGUGCCGUGUGGGGUGGUUGUGUGGGCUGCUGGCAACACAGCGCGCCAGAUCUCAAAGGACCUCAUGGCGCAGCUGCCCGACGCGCAGACGAACAGGCGCGGUAUCGCGAUCGACGACUAUCUCCGCCUCGCGGGCGCGCGCGACGCGUUCGCGAUCGGGGACUGCACCGCGUCGUCGUACGCGCCCACGGCGCAGGUCGCGUCGCAGCAGGGCGCGUACCUCGCGCGCCUAUUUAAGCAGCUCGCGAAGCGGGAUGCGAUUGAGGCGCGGAUCGCUGCUGUUCAAGGGGAGGGCGAGGGUGGGGAAAGUAAGGUGGCAGCGGUGGAUGAGGAGGAGAAGAAGCUGAGGAAGCAGCUGGACAGGGUCAAGCUGAAGCCGUUCCAGUAUUCGCACCAGGGGAGUUUGGCGUAUAUCGGGUCGGACAAGGCGAUUGCGGAUCUGCCGAUCUUUGGGCGGAACUGGGCAAGCGGCGGCGUGGCGACGUACCUGUUCUGGCGGAGCGCGUAUCUGAGCACGCUGUUCUCGCUGCGCAACCGGACGCUCGUCGCGAGCGACUGGCUGCGCGUGAAGCUCUUUGGGCGUGAUACGAGCAGGGAGUGAGUGAACAGUGGCUAAAAUGUGCGAGCGGGCCCCGGAGCUCGUUGGGUUUUUGAAUGAGGCCGAGGCCGAGGAUGAGGGCGACCACGGUAGCAGAAAAAGUAUCACGCUCUUUCUUUGCUUUUCUUUUCUCUUUUCUUUCCUAUCUCCCCGUGUCAGUAGUGCGGGUCACCGGCUUGUUGGCCCACGUUUUGUAUAGACGCUGCGAUGCAUGCAUAGAC